AAGGCUUUAAUUUUAGGGUAUUUCUAUUCCUGCUCCUUUCAUUUCUUCUCUUUCUAGGUUAUGGUGGAAGGCAUAGAACAGAAUAACCAGUAGCAUCCAGCAUUUUCUCUCUCACCUACUGAUAAUGGGAGUGAUUCAUUGUCAAGCGUGUAACAAAUUUUGUAUAAUCUUAUGAGGGUUUGCUUGCAGCUCUAGCGCCAUAUAUAGAGGAGGAAAGCAAUUCAAGGGGAAAAUAAAUGAUGUGAAGAGAAAGAUGAACAGAUGAUGAUAAUGAUGAUGUCAAGUUCAAGAGAAGGUUAUCAAGCCAAGCAAGAGGGUGACACCAUUAUUAUUGACAAGUUCUCCAAGGCAUCAUCCACUUCCAGACAAUGGUCAGGGUUCAGAAAUCCAAGAAUUGUGAGAGUAUCACGUUCUUUUGGAGGAAAAGAUAGACAUAGCAAGGUUUGCACCAUAAGAGGGUUGAGGGACAGAAGGAUUAGGCUCUCAGUUCCCACAGCAAUUCAGCUAUACGAUCUUCAAGACAAGCUUGGGCUCAACCAACCAAGCAAGGUAAUAGAUUGGUUGAUUGAAGCCAGUAAAUUUGACAUUGACAAGCUCCCUCCACUUCAAUUCCCUCAGGGUUUUUCUCAAUUCCAUCAUCAACAAACCCUACUCCCUUUUCAUGAAUCAAGUGCCUCUCAUCUUUCUCUUGGACCCUUUUGUGAUGCUAACUCCACAUUUGUAAGGGAUGGCGGGAUUCAAAACCUCAUGGCAAGGCCAAGGUAUUGGGAUAAUAUAGAUUCAAUAUCAAGAGUAAAAGGCAAGGAAGUUGAGAAAGGCAAGUGGAUCAAAACAAAUGAGCAAAUAAAUCAAGAUGGUGUUGGUGGUUUCAACAGCUUGCAAGUUUCAACUCAGAAGCUUUUUCCAAUGGGUACUACUGCUACUACUCCUCACUACUCUCCUUUACCUGUUGGUAUGUUAAACAAUGCCAUGUCAUAUAAUCCCUACCAUUCUGAACCUUCUAGUCUUUCCUUAUCCCAAUUUGGAAGCCAUGGAUUGUUUCCUUCCCAGGUAGAUCCGAAUCCAAGCGGUGGCAAUGGUGUGCCAUUCCCAUCUUCUUUGCCAUUACCAUCAUCUGGUGGUUCCCAAUUAUUGUUUGGUCCAUCUUCUGCUGCCACACCAUCACUCUUCACUACCUAUGCUCCAUUUAUGACCAACUCAGUGGACAAUGAUCCUAGACAAUUCAACCAUAUUCAGUUCUUGAACUCAGGUUCUCAACUCUUGCCUCAUCCUCUCAUUCCAUCUCUUCACUCAUUCAAUUCACCUGUCAGACCCUUCCCAGCAGCACCAUUUAGUUCCAAGCUUUUGGAUUCAGAUAGCAACAACAACAAUCGUAGCCAACAAGAUAAGGGUAGCCCUUGUUCUUGAAUCUUGAAGCUCCUCGUAAUUGUUCCAUUCACAGAUGUUACAUUGUUGGUUCUAUGCGUAUAUUAUAUGACUUAAUGUGUGAGCUAUAUUGAAAUCACUCAAGCAGCUAAAGCACAUUAUAUUUUAUACGCUUUCAGCCAGGGUGAGUACGUGCACGUUUGUUAGUAUGGCAACGCUAUACAUAUGAGAUGGAUAUAUUUAUUUUGUAUUUGAAUGUAUUUGGUUUCAGCUAUACAUACCUUAUUGACAAACCAUUGUGGGUACCGAUUAGAAUAAGUUAAUCCAAUUAGAGUUCAUUUACCUGUAUGCAUAUUUAUGAAUUCCAUCGAUUAAUUUAAUUUAUGU